CAUCUAGACUAUAAGAGCUCCUAAGUUUCCAACAAGUCAUUAAAAAGCUCCGUAGCUAAGGAGCCAGCUUUUGGAUAUUUACAUCGACCCUGCAGACCUGAAACGUAGGCAUUAUACGUUUUAUUGUUGUUUUUGUUAUCAUUUAAGGCACAUAUCCCGCCUAUCGAUAAAAAAUUGAAACUGAUGUUCGAAGAUAUGAUGCAAGAGGAAUCCAGCUCCCCGGUGUCUCCUGUGGACAGUUUGAGCAACAGUGAAGAAGAACUGGACAGGCAGCAAAAACGAUGUGGGAGGAAAAGGAGAUCGAGCAGGAAAAAUGGGGAGGAUUCAGAUAGCCCUACCCCUGGGAAAAGAGGAAAGAAGUCAAGCAGCAGCAGCCCGCAGUCUUUCGAAGAACUCCAGACCCAGAGAGUAAUGGCUAAUGUUCGGGAGCGACAGAGAACUCAGUCUCUCAACGAAGCCUUCGCGUCGCUUCGCAAAAUCAUCCCCACCCUGCCAUCAGACAAACUGAGCAAAAUUCAGACCCUCAAGCUGGCAGCUAGGUACAUCGAUUUUCUUUGCCAAGUACUACAGAGCGAUGAGCUGGACUCCAAAAUGGCAAGCUGUAGUUAUGUGGCCCACGAAAGACUAAGUUAUGCUUUUUCAGUAUGGAGGAUGGAGGGAGCCUGGUCCAUGUCUGCAUCUCACUAGCGACCGUCACUCAAGGGAGAAAUGGAAACAACUAGUUUUCAUCUACCAGGAAAGUGGGAGACUUGAGUCAGAAGCUGGAUAUUUACAAAACUGGGACAUGAAUUUCUUGGGAAAUAUUAUAUAUAUAUAUAUAUAUAUAUAUAUAUAUAUAUAUAUAUAUAUAUAUAUAAACCAGAAAGGCCAAGGCAAGGGGAGCACUUACAAAAACAAAACAAAAACAAAAACAGGCCAUGGACACACUGAACAUUUAACUGUGCGGCUACCAAACCAAAAAAUACAUUCAGAUUUAUAUUAAAAAAAUUGUAUUUGACGAUGAAUGUCGGAAACUUUCUUUUUAUAUGUUGCAUGCCUUCUGAUCAUCCAUUCCUGUCUUAUAUGGAGAGGGUAAAAUACUCAGUUGAGCCUUUCAGCACUGAAGGCUUUUGAAGAAUUUUUUUCCAUAGAAUAUUUUUGAACCUGGUUGAUUCCUUUACAAGGUUAAAUUGUCUUUAAGAAAAUGCAUUUUAUUUAUUUAUUGAUGACCUAUGUUAAAAUGCAACUAGAUCAGGUGUCUAAACGCAUUAUUAUUUUUAUGAUUGUUGUGUAAAUAACUUUGUAUAUUUUUCUGCAAUAAAAUGAAUAUAAU